CAAGGACCUCAAACUAAGAAGAGAUUUAUCUUUAAAGUGUUAGUCUUUGUGUGAGAUUUUAAUUAGGAAAUGAGGUUCGGGUACCCCAGGCUCACAUGACUCUCUUAAGUAAACAUUAUAAAUAUUAUGUCGAAUAUUAAUUCUGAACUGAUACAAAUGUUAACAGCACUAACAAUUAAUCAAGUUAGAUACUUUGAUAAUGCCUGGAAGGAGGUUAAUUUGUCACAGAAGCAUACAAAAAAGAAUUUAAAUGAAAGAACAAGUAUAGAAAAGUAUCAAAGUUCUACAAACAUUUAAAACUGAAAUGAAAAACGAUCAAUUCAACGCAGGUUAUGCUGAUUUAAUAUGACGUUUAAACAACAUGUAAGACAGAGCAAUAAACAAAGGAAAAAUCAGUAGGAACCAGUUGAGACAGUCGUACAAAAUUACAUCAGUAAGACAUAACUUGUUUUUCUCACUGUCUGACAUUAAAUCUGACUAAACAUUUUCUGCUUUUGCCAUUUGUUUCUGUUAAAAUACUGAAAUAUACAUACACAUGGGUAAAACAUUUUAAGGUAGUAUUACUAAAGAUUCUCAAAACAAAGCUGGAAUUUUGGCCCAUUCCUCCUGACAGAACUUUUGAGGGAGGUUUUCAGGCCGCCUUUUUCAAACACAUCUGUUUAGCUCUACCCACAAAUCCUCUAUGGGCAUUCAGCAAAUCCUAACAGACCUUAAACAGGUCUGAUUUAAUGUCAAAACGGUGAGAUAAUAUACAGUUUGUAAAUAGUACACUUAAGUAAAAUUGUACGUGAAAAACUACUUUUAGAGAUAACAAGACUCUUGGAAAAGAAAAAUCUGCAUGAUAGUGUCUGAUAAUUAUUUGGGAUAACACUGACAUUACCUUGUGAUUUUAAUAAAAAACUAUUUAUAUAUAUUCAAGGUGUAUACUACUGUAUACCCACUCGGUAUCAUAAAAAAACACGCUCAAAGAAGACAAUCCGCCAGAUAUUGUCUGGUUCUGAAAUUACUCGCAGAGUGAGACAUCCAUCUUCUUUCCGUUCCCAGACUGUCUUUGUUUAGUCAAAGAACGUCGAGCUAGAACGUAAUUUCUGUCCAAUGAGCGCGCUGUGACGUGACAUAAUGGAACGUAACCGUGUAAAAACGCUCGAGGCGGAGCGUGGAGCGAACAUUCUGCUUCAGUUGAUCGGUCUGACAGCAGCUUCAGGCUGAGUGAGGCUAUAACAGACAUUUACCAGCAGAUUUCUCACACCGCAGGUCAUUUCUGGGAGGUUAUGGACACGACGCCGCUCUGAAGAAGUGUCGAGCAGACUAAUAGUAUCAGUGAACACUCGGAAAUAAUGAUGAAGAAGGAUAUCAAUCUGACCCUGGUGGACGACGCAGACCUUAAACCGCAUCUCCGCGACGCAGAGAGCCUCCUCAACUCCCCGGAUUUGGGUCUGCUCAAGCUGGCGUCUCCUGAACUGGAGAGGCUCAUCAUUCAGUCCAACGGACUGGUUACCACGACGCCGACCAGCUCCCAGUUCCUCUACCCAAAGACGGUGACGGACGAGCAGGAGUUCGCCGAAGGCUUCGUGAAGGCGCUGGAGGACUUGCACAAGCAGAACCAGCUGAACGGAACCGCUCAGACGAACAGCACCCUUGACCUCGGGCCUAACAUCCCCCCGGUGACCGUGCAGCCGGAUCUGCCGGUGUACACGAACCUGAACAGUUUCGGCAGUGGGCCACUGGGAACCACUGUCAACUACUCCACGGACACUGUUCCAUUCCCGCCCCCUCCGUCACAUCACCUGGGGGCAGCCCCGAUGCAACCGGAGCUCUCCCGGGUUCAGCCGCCGAAAGAGGAGCCUCAGACGGUCCCCGACGUUCAGAGCUUCGGGGACAGCCCGCCGCUGUCUCCCGUUGACAUGGACUCUCAGGAGAGCAUCAAAGCCGAGAGGAAGAGGCUCAGGAACCGGAUUGCCGCCUCCAAGUGUCGAAGGCGCAAACUGGAGCGGAUCUCCAGGCUGGAGGACAAGGUAAAGACGCUGAAAACCCAGAACACCGACCUGGCUUCCACCGCAAGCCUGCUGAGGGAGCAGGUGGCCCAGCUGAAACAGAAGGUCCUCACCCACGUCAACAGCGGCUGCCAGAUGUUACCACACGAGGUCCAGGUGCACUGAUGGGUGGACCAGACCUUCAGAUGGGCUAUUGAACAGCUAAUAAGCUUCACAGACUUUAUUCGUGUCGGUUCAUCUGUAUGUAGCCCAGAUGCGUCCCACUCUGCCAGGCGACGUCAGCCGGUCUCUACAUCACUAACAGAGCCGGCCCAAGGCAGAAGCGAAUAAAGCAGCUCUUCAGCGCCCCACAACCAUAGUGGGCCCCCAAGAACAUUUGAAUUCUCACACUUAACCUCGGUCAUAAAUCUAUGAAUUUGUUUAUUGUGAGUUAGCAUACUUUUAAAUGCAGACAGUUUCACCUAAUUUAAAAUAUUUCAAAUUGUUUAAUAUUGAAGGAAUUAUGGUUGAGACCUGAAAUAACUGGCAAAUGUACUAGUUGUAAAUAUACAAAAAAAAGUAUGUUAGCAUAUUCACUACUUAAAGCUACCAGGUUAAGCUUUUCUACUGUUUGUGUCUAUGUUGGUAUCACAUUUCAUGCACAGGCUAACUCUUUGCAAAGAAGUCCCAGCUUAUUAUUGCCUUAUUAAGGCUUAUUAAUUUUCUUGCAGGUGUGUUAUGAACGCAGCCAGGCAAACUUGGGCCCUUGUUCCUAAUUUAACCAAAUCUCAUGAUGGAAACCUGGUUAGUGUUGCCUAAUGUGUAAUGGACUUAACAGGAAGGGGGCAUCUGAACCAAAUUCUGCUUAAGGCACCAUACAUCCUUGGGCUGGCUCCGAUUACUAUAAUGUUAUGUAAGAUUGGUGAAAUAUAAGCAUGCGUGGUAGAACAUAACUCAACAUUAACACAGAGGCUUUAACAGUGUUAUUGAUGUAUAGAAAGGGCAUAAUGUUGCUCCCAGAGCUAUUUCUUUAUUUGCCUAUCCCUACCAUCUAUUUGAUUUUCAGUUUCUAAUUGGUUUAUUAGAUUCCAGCCAGAAUGAAGAUACCUUCAGCCUAAUUUGUAAACCUGUUCUACCUCGUAUGUGUGUUCGCUAGUGGGAGAAAGAGGAACCUUUUAAAGAUUUCUCGAUUUCCAGUUCUUAAUAGUGUUGACGUGGCUGUAUUCAGUCUCAAAGCUGGACAAAAUGGAUAUUUCUACAUGAAUAUCACCAUUAACCCUCAUCAUGAAGGAGGUGGUUGUAAGAAAAAAAUACUUGCAGUUGGUAUGAGAUAAUCUCAGUAUAUAACCUAUUUACUCUGUAUUUCUUUAGGGAAAAACUUGCAUGUAUUGGACAAGCUCGAAUGUUGCCCUCAGCUGUGUGUUAUAGGGCACAAGGUUCUCUGUGUCUAUCUUAUUUACCUUGACACGUGGAUUUUGUCUAUUUUUUUUACUUGGGCGUGUCCUUAUUUCAGUGCGUUUUGGUUUAAAAAUGUGAAAAGCCGUAACUUUCUGUUGCACAGACUGUUGCUAUCACCUGUAGCCUACAGUAAGUUUUGGAUUGAUGCUGUCGUGUUUUGAAUUAAAUGCUGCUCAGCAAAUAAA